AUCUUCUGUUUCGACGAAUUAAUUCACUCUGAGAUGACAUUGCUGGUGAAAAAAAUCGUUGCAAAAAUCCGGAAGAGUGUUUUUCUGAGCCCGGAUUUAGGAAGAGAAAGAAAAUAUGGAACGAUGCGGUGGAAAUGUGGAAUAUUAUUUCCACCUGCUCGGUGCAUCUGUCAGUAGGGUCAAAUCCAUACAAGAGUUUACUGCGGACUAUUAAUGUCGGAGAUAAGGACUGCCAGUUUUAUGAUAUUUCUACUUUAGGUGAAACAUAUGAUAAAUUACCUUAUUCGGUGAGAGUGCUGUUAGAGAGUGCUGUACGGAAUUGCGAUGAAUUCCAAGUGAAGUCAAGCGACGUGGAGAAGCUUUUAAACUGGGAGAAAAAUCAAGAGGUGGAAGAUGGCGUCGAGGUGGCUUUCAAACCUGCGAGAGUGCUCCUUCAGGACUUUACUGGAGUGCCAGCGGUUGUUGAUUUUGCGGCCAUGAGGGACGCUGUCAAAAAGUUAGGUGGAAACCCUGACAAGAUCAAUCCAAUAUGUCCAUCCGAUUUGGUCAUCGAUCAUUCCAUUCAAGUUGACUUUAGUCGAAGUUCCGAUGCGAUGAAAAAGAAUGAAGAUCUCGAAUUCGAGAGGAAUAGGGAACGAUUUAUGUUCUUAAAGUGGGGUGCUAAGGCUUUUGAAAACAUGUUGAUCGUUCCACCUGGUAGUGGCAUCGUGCAUCAAGUCAACUUGGAAUACUUGGCGAGAGUGGUAUUCGAUAACAAUCUUCUGUAUCCUGACAGUGUAGUGGGAACGGAUUCGCAUACUACGAUGAUUAACGGUCUCGGAGUUCUUGGCUGGGGUGUCGGAGGCAUCGAAGCUGAGGCUGUUAUGCUCGGUCAAGCAAUUUCUAUGUUGAUACCAAAAGUUGUGGGAUACAAACUGGAAGGUUCUCUAAGCCAGUACGCUACAUCGACUGAUCUUGUUCUUACGAUUACUAAGAACCUUCGCCAACUAGGAGUAGUCGGCAAGUUUGUCGAAUUCUUCGGACCUGGAGUUGGUGAACUGAGCAUUGCCGAUAGAGCAACUAUUUCUAACAUGUGUCCGGAAUAUGGAGCCACCGUUGGUUUCUUCCCUGUUGACAAUCAAAGCUUGGUGUACUUGAAACAAACAGGACGUUCCAAGGAACACAUCGAGAGGAUCGAGAAGUACUUGAAGGCAGUGAAGAUGUUCCGAAACUACAGAGACGACAGUCAGAAUCCUGUGUUCUCGGAGGUAGUUACCCUGGAUUUAGCAACCGUCGUCUCCAGUGUUAGCGGUCCCAAAAGGCCUCACGAUCGUGUCCCUGUCAGUGACAUGAAGAACGACUUCAAGUCCUGCCUGUCUAGCAAGGUCGGCUUCAAAGGAUUUGGCUUGAGUCCUUCCAAAUUGGACACCGAGGCUAAUUUCCUGUAUGAGGGGAAGGAGUACACCCUUAGACACGGAUCGGUCGUUAUUGCUGCCAUUACAAGUUGUACUAACACCAGCAAUCCCAGUGUCAUGCUUGGGGCAGGUCUGUUGGCGAAGAAAGCAGUAGAUGCUGGUCUUACUGUGGCUCCUUACAUAAAGACAUCAAUGUCACCUGGAUCGGGCGUCGUUACUUAUUAUUUAGGUGCCAGUGGGGUCGUACCAGCACUCACGAAAUUGGGAUUCGACAUUGUCGGUUAUGGCUGUAUGACUUGUAUUGGAAACAGCGGGCCUCUCGAUGAUCCUAUCAUUGACGCGAUAGAGAAGAAUGGACUUGUUUGCUGCGGAGUGCUCUCUGGGAAUCGAAACUUCGAGGGCAGGAUUCAUCCCAACACCAGGGCCAAUUAUUUGGCAUCGCCUCUUCUUGUGAUCGCUUAUGCCAUCGCAGGGACUGUCGACAUAGAUUUUGAGAAAGAUCCUCUAGGUUUAUCCUUGGACGGAAAGAAAGUCUUCCUGCGAGAUAUCUGGCCAACCAGGGCGGAGAUUCACGCGGUGGAGCAGAAGCACGUCAUCCCCAUGAUGUUCAAGGAAGUUUAUGGAAAAAUCGAAAAGGGAAGCAACAACUGGGCCAACCUGUUCGCUCCGGAAGGGAAAUUAUAUCCCUGGGACCCUGCGUCGACUUACAUAAAAAAUCCUCCGUACUUUCAGGACAUUCAGAAGGAACUUCCGCCGAUCGCUCCGAUAAGAAAGGCUCGAGUUUUAUUGAGUCUCGGCGAUUCCGUGACAACGGAUCAUAUCAGUCCAGCUGGAAGUAUAGCUCGGAAUUCACCUGCUGCGAGAUAUCUUGCUAGUCGCGGGCUUACGCCAAAGGAAUUUAACUCCUACGGUUCGAGAAGAGGUCACGAUGCAGUUAUGGCGAGGGGAACCUUUGCAAACAUUCGAUUGUUAAACAAAUUAAUCGACAAGGCAGGUCCUAGGACGAUUCACAUUCCUACAAACGAAGAGAUGGAUGUCUUCGAUGCUGCGGAGAAGUAUGGAAAGGAGAAGACACCGUUGAUCAUCCUCGUUGGCAAGGACUACGGAGCUGGCUCUUCGAGGGACUGGGCUGCGAAAGGACCCUACCUCCUGGGAAUUCGAGCAGUCAUUGCUGAAUCUUACGAGCGAAUACAUAGGUCGAACCUCGUGGGCAUGGGCAUCAUUCCUCUGCAGUACCUCUCAGGACAGAAUGCAGAAACCCUGGGCCUCACAGGGUACGAAAUUUUCGACAUUGCCAUUCCUGAGAACUUCCAACCCGGCCAAAAGAUCACAGUGACGACCGACGACGGGAAAAGCUUCGAAGUCCUCGUGCGAUUCGAUACGGAAGUCGACCUGGUGUAUUUCAAAAAUGGCGGCAUUCUUAACUACAUGAUCAGAGCCAUGAUAUGAUGGGAAAGGGUAAUUUAAAUAGGGACUCGAUAAGCGAGGGAAAUGUGCAAUCCACAGGGAUCGGUGUACUUAAUUUAGGGAAAUUGCGUCCACAUGUACAGUGAAGGACAUGAGCGCCUUCCCAGCAGAUAUGGUAUCGCAUGAGAAGACAUUUAUGCCCUCCACUGUACAGUGACAUGUACAGUAAAGGGAUAUAAACGUCGCCAGGGUGAUGAGAAGGCAUUUAUGAUCGCCACUGUACAGUGGCAUGUACAGUGGGAGGCAUUAACGGCUUCUCAUAAAAAAAAACCGACAGUUUCGCGCCAAAUACAUUUACACGUCGUGUUCUAUCGACGCCAUAUCCAAAGAGAAGGCAUUCUCGUCCACCGUUGUCCACCGAAUGUCGCGUGUUAACAAAGAGAGAAAGAAAAAGAGAAACUUCGCCUAAUCUUCGUUGCCUGCUGAAAUUCUACAUUACCUAACGACGUAGUUAAAACCGUACUUAAGGUUAAGUACAAUUGGUAAUUGUUAAUCGUGGACUUCUUGUAAUUUCGAGGUCGUUUUUUGUACUUUAAUGCGGAGUUGUCCUUUUGUAUUAUUAUUGUAAUGGUCUACGGAUGUACUUGGUGUGUACAUGGUAAAUCGUUGACGGUUAA